GUUUCUCUGCUUUUGUUUUGCUCUAUUGCUAAGGUUUGAUCCUAAGAAGAAGACGAGGUUUGUGUGCACAAUAUAAUGGAAGCUCCGUUUGUUCUUCCCUCUCCCUCUUUCACUGCUUUCAGGACAAGCAAAGAGCUUCUCCAUAUGCCAUCACUGUUUGAGUUGAAAAGCAUAACAUGCUUCUCAGUUUGUAGUCAAAAGCAAGAUUACAAUCGAAAGAUGUACAUUAUACCCAUUAGGACUGUUUGUGCUCGGCUUUGCAUCGCAAGAUCUUCAGUUGGGUCGUUAGAAUUUGGUGGGACAGGUCCGCCUAGCAAUGCUUAUUCAGGAUUUUCAGCUUCAAAUGACCAUCAGAGGGGAUUUACAAUGUCCCUUGACUCUGCAAGUGACACAUUGCACAGAAUCAGAGAUUUUGAGAGAGAGUUGGAAGAAUUAUUUGAUGAAGUGAAAAGAAUGAUUAGGAUGGGAAACAAAAAUGAUGCAAUAGAUCUGCUUAAUGCAAAUUAUGAAGUGGUAAAAGAGCGACUGAACACAGGCACUAAAGGCAUAGAAGAAGCUGCUAUUUUGGACAUCAUAGCACUGGGUUACAUGGCUGUUGGAGACUUAAAAUUUGUUGAUUCUCUGUUGAAUAUGAUGAAAGAAGUUGUUGACAAUUUGAAGGAUGAUGCACCACAUCUAGAUUCAAUACUUAUGCACAUGGGAAGUAUGUAUGCAACAUUGAGCAAGUUUGAAAAAUCAUUGGACACAUAUCAAAGGGCUGUCUACAUUAUGGAGAGGACAUAUGGUAAGGAUAGCACUUUUCUUGUUACACCCUGUUUGGGUAUGGCAAAAGUUCUUGGUUCCAUUGGAAAAGCAACAACAGCAAUAGAUAUAUACCAGCGUGUAAUCACUCUCUUGGAAUCAAGAAGAGGUGCUGAAAGUAAGGAUUUGGUCGUACCUUUACUUAGUCUUGGCAAUCUUUUACUGAAAGAAAAAAGAGCCAAUGACGCCGAAAGUCAUUUUACUAGGGUUCUAAAUAUAUACACCAAAUUGUAUGGACAAAAUGAUGGAAAGAUUGGAAUGGCUAUGAGUUCCUUAGCCCAAGUGAAGUGUGCUCAAGGGAAAUCAGAUGAAGCAAUUCAUUUGUUUAAACACGCUCUUCAGGUCAUGAAGGAUUCAAAUUACUUGCCACCAGAUGACAGUAUAUUGGAAAAGAUGAGGGUAGAUCUAGCUGAUUUACUUCAUGCUGUGGGGAGAGGGAAAGAAGGCAGAGAGCUUUUAGAGGAGUGCUUAUUGAUCACUGAGAGGUACAAAGGAAAGGAGCACCCCAGUUUAGUGACACACAUGGUAAAUCUUGCAACUUCAUAUUCACGGUCAAAGAAUUAUGCGGAGGCUGAGCACUUGCUGAGAAGAAGUUUGCAAAUUAUGAUAAAGCAUAAGGGAACUGAUGACCCGUCCAUCAGCUUUCCUAUGUUGCACCUUGCAGUUACACUCUACCAUUUGAAACAAGAUGAAGAAGCUGAGAAAUUUGCUCUGGAAGUUUUGCACCUCCGUGAGAAGGCAUUUGGAGAAGAUUCUCUUCCUGUUGGAGAGGCUUUGGACUGUUUGGUGUCUAUACAAACCAGACUUGGUAAGGAUGACAAUGAGUUACUCAAGCUGCUUAGAAGGAUCCUGAAUAUCCAAGAGAAAGAAUUUGGAUAUGAGAGUGAGGAGGUUUUGGUUACCCUGAACAAAAUUGUAUACUACUUGGAUAAAUUAGGGAGAAAAGAUGAAAAGCUUCCCCUACAGAGAAGGUUGUCUCUGCUUAGGAAGAAAUAUAAGCAGAUGGUUCAUCACUAAAGGGGUAUCAUAAUAUAUCAUUAUGAUGUUUGUGAUCUUUAUCCUUCCUUCAUGCUUUUUUUAAGCAUUUCUCCAAAUGUUUCCUUGUGUUACUUCCCAGUGAGAGGCUAUGACUAUUUCUUUGCGUUCACAUUAGUAUAUGGGGGUGCCAAUUAGAACUAUCGUAAAAUGAUAACGAGGAAUUUCAGGUUCAU